UGUGUAGAACAUUCGACCGUGACGACUCGAAGGGAUAAGUUUAUCAUUUUCUGUCGGUAACGCAAAAUAGUGAACGAACUAUCGAUUUUCCCAUUAAAACAUUUAAGACUGCGAAUAAAAUGUGUAAUGAAUUGAGACGUGAAUAGGUGCAUUAUAUUACGGAAUAGAUUGAGUGUGCGAAAUACUUUCUAAAUUACUUGCCCAGUGGGGCAAAAGUGAAUUAAUCGCUGGGGUUUUUUCGCAAACCAGUUUUGUGCAAUCGUGUGGCAUAAGAAAUGAGUAAUACGAUGAAGCAGAGGGUAUCGAUGCGAAUAGACAAACAUAAGCUGAAAGUGCUUACGUUAUGUGUGCUGCUGUGUGCGUCCAACUUUUUACCAGCUCUGGAAGCAAAGAAAACCAGUAAUAGUCGCAGGAAAGGUUCCUCCUCCUCGGGUGUCAGCAGUGGCCGUGUCUCGAAACCCAGUCAGACCGAUACUGCUUCCUACAGUAAUCCGGGCAGUUUGAGCUACAGUGGUUACCAACAGAAGCCGAAGCCUGUCGCAUCGGCUCCGGUGGAUACAUCAGCAAACACGCGUCCUAUUGGGUGGAAUGUAAACAAUCAGCCUGCUAAACCAGCUGCGGCAGCCCCACCGUACCCGGUUCAGAAUGCUGCUAGGCCACCGUAUCCGGUGCAGCAAAGUCAUAACGUGCAUCAGACUCAUGGUGCCCCACCACCACCGUAUUCGGUGAAUCCGCAGCAUGGUGCACCACCACCAUAUUCAGCCAUGAACAAUCCUAAUGCACACUCACCUUUCAAUCAACCUCCACCUGCGUAUAGCCCGGGAAAUCAAGGAUUUAAGCCUGGACAGCCGGGAGGUUUUGGACAACCUGGUGGAUUCGGACAGCCCGCCGGUGGGUUCAAUCAACCUGGAGGAUUUGGACAGCCUGGAGGAUUUAAUCAACCUGGAGGAUUCAACCAGCACAGUGGACAUGUUCAAUCCGGAGGCUUCGGUCAUCAGCCCUCGUUCGGUGGUUACCCAUCUGGUGGAGCUGGUUAUCACGCUCCUGUCGGAGGCUAUGGUGGUCUGCCUCAUGGUGGGUUACAAGGUGGAGGCGUCGCCCCAGCAGUGAACUAUGCAGCUGCUCCUAGUUUCCCGAUUGCGGCAAUUCCUGUUGGAGCAUACAAACCACCAUCGUCCGGAAUUGGUGUUGGAGGCAUUGCUGCCGGUGUCGGAACAGGUUUGUUGGCAGGAGCAGCGGGUGCCGCGAUAUAUAACGCACUCAAACCUGAAGAUCGUGUGAUCUAUCGAGAGAAAGUUACUGUUGUUGAGAAGGCUAAUGAAGCAGCGCCUGCGGCUGCUGCCCCGGCAGCACCAGCGGCCGCAGCUCCAGCAGCAGCAGCAGCAGCACCGGGGGCUCCAGCUGCUGCUGUUCCUGUCGCAGGUGAUGUUACAAACUCGCAAGCUCCUAGUGGAGUUUCCGGAGUACCAAACACUCCAAUCAUCAUGAAUAACAACUCGACAAGCGAACAACAAACAAAUUCGACGGAAAUUACGACACAAACCCCUCUUGCCCCAAUGAACGAAACAUCCCCCGCUCCGGUGCCCACUGGAAAACAAUAUUACCCACCACCCGGCCAGUAUUAUCCCGCCACUGGUCAGUACGUUCCACCGGGCGAAUUCGAUCCUGCCACCAAUAUUUUCACCCCCGGUCGUUACAUUCCUGAUACUAGUAUUUUCCAACAAGGUCAGUACGAUCCACUCACACAAAUUUUCACACCCGGAAGCUACGAUCCAGCCACCGGGCAGUUCAUGCCUGAUCCCAACAAUGGACCGGUAAAUCUGGGAGCCCCGCUAGCGCAGGAGAAUUCCGCCACCAGUCAACCAUUGAAUAUGCAGCCAAAAGUUGAGACCAGUGGCGCCGCUAUCAUAAUGAAAUCUCUGCUGCUCACCACAAUCAUGCCCACACUAUUGGCAGCUAUCGCACGCUAUUGAAUCAGCAACUGAAACUGCAUCAAGGCAAUCAAGUAUCAACAGAUGAUUCACAAAGAACUCCAUUGCGGCGGUGGAGGUUCUACAAUGGCAUACAGCAGAGCUGUGCAAAUUGAGCUCGAAAAAUAAAUUAUAGAUGAAAAAAGCUGCUCACAAUUGAAUGUAAAGCUGAUUCUUCAUGCUAACAGUGCUUCUUUUUGAGACCAAUUCAAUAAUCGACACAAUUGAUGCAGAAUUGCUGACGUUUUGAGCGAGUUUCUUUUCAUUAUCGCUAAUAAACACUUAGAAUUGAACGCGAUGCAUUUUUAAAACCACGUUUUAUAAACACACAUAUGAACAUUGAAAAAGGUAACAAUCUAACUAACAUCAAUAUAAUAUAACAGUAGUUCUGGAAAAGUUCGAUUCACAUGACUUCAUAGAAAAUCAAUAAAUAGUCCUUGGCUAGUGAAUAAGCAAGGUGAACAUUUGCAUUUGGUAGCUAGAUAAUUUAUCGAGUACAGAAUCAAUUAAAAUACUAAGAAGAACACCAUUACUUCAAACAGCUCACCUUGACAAGAAAAUAGAUCCAAAAAACAUUCAAUCAUUGUUGUCUAACAUAACGAAUAACGAGUUGUGCAGUCAUUUUUCCGAGGAAUUCAAAAAAAAAUAAUUACGGCUUUUAAUGUAUUGUUUAAUCUCUUCAUGGGCAACUGUCACUCUUUGCCAAGUUGUGUCUCUCUUUUUCUCUGAACUAUACUCAUAUAACAAACCCCCCAACCUUGUACAUUGUGUAAAUUUUGAAUUGGAUAUCUAUUUUAUACAAAUAGGCUAUAGAUCUGUUUAUAUAUUAUAUUCAAUGAUAUACAAAUAAUCUCGGUAUACACAUUCUUUUUGAAAUCUCUAAAUAUACUAUUGUGGUAGACAGAAAAUUUUAUGUGAUAAACGACUGGUCCAUACAAAAUAUAGAUGCAAAUAUGUGCACAUGUUGUUCUUUCUCAUUCUAAUAGCAUCUAACGACUGUGUUGUUUUAUAUUUGUUACAUUUAAUAGAUGGUUAAGCUGGAACUAUAAAUUGAAUAUUUUUUUAUAAAAACAGAACCAUUGUGUUCUUCUCUGAACAGUGUUAGAUAUAUAAGCUGCAAGCCAUCACAUCUGUGCAAUAGCAAUAAACCGAACAAUUUUAAAUCACAUACAUAAUGUAUUAUCCCCGGAAGAUAUUAGCAAAAGCCGUGUGUAGUUUGUAAGAAGCAUGAAUUAUACAAUUGGAGCGAAUAAUAUUUUGGCAAAACAAAUAAAAGAUUUCUUCAAAAAAAAGCCCCGAA